AUGGCCGACGUCGACUACGAGUACGACUACGAUGGCUACGCCGACGAGGAUGAUACUAGCAUUACCCCCGAGGACUGCUGGACCGUCAUCUCAUCGUUCUUCGAGUCCAAGGGCCUGGUUUCUCAGCAGGUAGACUCUUUCGACGAGUUUACGUCUUCCACUGUCCAGGAGCUCAUCGACGAAUACUCCCAAAUCACUCUAGACCAGCCGAAUCCCAUGUCUGAUAGCGACAAGGUUAUUGCCCUUCGCCGUUAUGAGGUCAAGUUCGGCACCGUUAUGGUCUCCCGCCCAUCCAUCACCGAAGCCGACGGAAAAGUCACGACGCUCCUUCCCUACGAAUGCCGCGAUCGAAACCUCACCUACGCCAGUCCUCUCUACGUGAAGAUCACUAAGAAGGUCUCCAUCGCCGUGGAGAAACCCAUUCCCCUGAAUGAGCUCGAUGAGGACCAGCAAGAGGAGCUGGCCAACACGGGCGAACACCCCACAAAGCUCGAGUGGGAAGAGGAGGAGAGCGGCGAGGAUUACGGCGCAGACAAGAACAAGUCAGAUGAUAUGAAGGACAUGAUCUUUAUCGGACGGAUGCCCAUCAUGGUCAAGUCCAAGAUUUGUCACCUCAGCAGCGAGUCGGAAGACGAUCUGUUCAUGCUCAACGAAUGUCCGUACGACCAAGGUGGUUACUUCAUCAUCAACGGUAGUGAGAAGGUUCUCAUCGCUCAAGAACGAUCGGCGGCGAACAUCGUGCAGGUUUUCAAGAAGGCUCAGCCGAGCCCGUACUCCUACACCGCCGAGAUCCGCAGUGCUCUCGAGAAGGGCUCGCGACUCAUUUCGAGUAUGAUGUUGAAGCUGUACAGCAAGGGCGAUGCGGCAAAGGGUGGCUAUGGCCAGACAAUCCACUGCAGUCUUCCCUAUGUCAAGUCCGACUUGCCCAUCGCCAUCGUCUUUCGAGCUCUGGGAGUGGUGUCCGAUGAGGACAUCCUGAAUCAUAUUUGCUAUGAUCGAAAUGACAGUCAGAUGCUCGAGAUGUUGCGACCCUGUAUUGAGGAGGCCUUCUGUAUUCAGGACAGAGAAGUUGCCCUGGAUUUCAUCGGAAAGAGAGGCAGCAACCACAACAUCCCGCGAGAGAAGCGUGUGAGAACUGCUAAGGAUAUCCUGCAAAAGGAGACGCUUCCUCACAUUUCUCAAAGCGAAGGCAGUGAGACGCGCAAGGCGUUUUUCUUGGGUUACAUGGUUCACAAGCUGCUUCAGUGCGCUCUUGGACGACGCGACACCGAUGAUCGUGACCAUUUUGGCAAGAAGCGACUCGACCUUGCGGGUCCUCUGCUUGCUAAACUGUUCCGCAACAUCGUUCGCCGGAUGAAUCAGGAGCUGUCUGGCCACCUCAAGCGUUGUGUCGAAUCAAACCGGCAAUUCAGUCUGACGCUGGGCGUUAAGCCGCAGACUCUCUCCAACGGAUUGAAAUAUUCUUUGGCUACCGGUAACUGGGGAGACCAGAAGAAGGCUGCGAGCUCGACUGCUGGCGUGUCUCAGGUGUUGAACCGUUACACUUUCGCAUCCACACUCUCCCAUCUUCGGCGAACCAACACGCCCAUCGGUCGUGAUGGCAAGCUCGCAAAACCUCGACAACUUCACAACACUCAUUGGGGCUUGGUUUGCCCUGCCGAAACCCCCGAAGGACAGGCGUGUGGUCUCGUCAAAAACUUGUCUCUCAUGUGCUACGUCAGUGUCGGUACGCCCGCUGAACCUAUCAUUGACUACAUGAUUCAACGAGGCAUGGAGGUGCUCGAGGAGUACGAGCCACUGAGAUACCCCAACGCCACCAAGGUCUUCCUCAACGGAGUCUGGGUGGGCGUCCACCAAGACCCGAGAAUCCUAGUGCCCGAUGUCCAAGGAACUCGUCGGCGCAACGUUAUCUCCCACGAAGUCUCCCUUGUCCGGGACAUUCGCGAUCGCGAGUUCAAGAUCUUCUCCGAUGCGGGCAGAGUCAUGAGACCUGUUUUCGUCGUGGAACAAAGCACUCAAGGCAUUGUCCCGCAGGGUUCUCUGGUGUUGCAAAAGGCAACCGUCAACGAAAUGCGUGACCAACAAGAAAACCCACCUGAUAACCCCAACGAUAAGAUAACAUGGGAGACGUUGGCACAUAGUGGAGUUAUCGAAUACCUCGAUGCGGAAGAAGAAGAGACGGCUAUGAUUUGCAUGACACCUGAGGAUCUGGAGAUUUAUCGAGCGCAGAAACAGGGUCAACUAAUCGAGGAAGACAAUACCGAGGAUAGAAACCGGCGACUGAAGACGAAGAUCAACCCGACAACUCACAUGUACACGCACUGUGAGAUUCACCCGAGUAUGUUGCUCGGUAUCUGUGCCAGCAUUAUUCCCUUCCCCGAUCACAACCAGUCUCCCCGUAACACCUACCAGUCUGCCAUGGGCAAGCAAGCCAUGGGCUUUUUCUUGACCAACUACUCUCGCAGAAUGGACACCAUGGCCAACAUUCUCUACUACCCUCAGAAACCUCUUGCCACAACCCGCUCCAUGGAGUUCUUGAAAUUCAGAGAACUCCCAGCUGGCCAAAACGCAAUCGUCGCCAUUGCUUGCUACUCGGGCUACAACCAGGAAGAUUCCGUGAUUAUGAAUCAGAGCAGCAUCGAUCGUGGACUCUUCAGGAGUUUGUUCUUCCGAUCCUACACAGAUUGUGAGAAGCGUGUGGGUAUCAACCUGGUUGAGCAGUUUGAGAAGCCAUUCAGGAGUGACACUCUUCGCUUGAAGCACGGCACCUACGACAAGCUGGAUGAUGACGGCAUCGUCGCCCCUGGUGUCCGUGUUUCUGGUGAGGAUAUCAUCAUUGGCAAGACGUCUCCCAUCAACCCAGACAACCAGGAACUUGGCCAGAAGACAACGCAGCACGUCAAGCGUGACGCAUCUACACCUCUUCGCAGUACUGAGAACGGCAUUGUCGACUCGGUCAUCAUCACAACUAACCAGGACGGCCUGCGCUACGUGAAGGUGCGUGUGAGGACGACCAAGAUUCCUCAGAUUGGCGACAAAUUUGCGUCACGUCACGGUCAGAAGGGUACAAUUGGUGUUACGUACCGACAAGAAGACAUGCCCUUCACAUGCGAGGGUAUCACCCCCGACAUCAUCAUUAACCCGCACGCCAUUCCCUCGCGUAUGACUAUUGCUCAUUUGAUUGAGUGUCUGCUCAGCAAGGUGUCAACCUUGAAGGGUAUGGAGGGUGACGCCACUCCCUUCACGGACGUCACGGUAGACUCAGUCUCGCAACUACUUCGUGACCAAGGUUACCAGUCAAGAGGCUUUGAGAUCAUGUACAACGGCCACACUGGCAGGAAGUUGCGAGCACAGGUCUUCUUUGGACCGACAUACUACCAGCGUCUGCGCCACAUGGUCGACGACAAGAUUCACGCUCGUGCACGUGGACCUGUGCAGAUCAUGACCAGACAACCAGUCGAGGGUCGUGCUCGUGAUGGUGGUUUGCGUUUCGGAGAAAUGGAGCGUGAUUGCAUGAUUGCCCACGGCGCGGCAUCGUUCCUCAAGGAGAGAUUGUUCGAGGUUUCGGAUGCAUUCCGAGUCCACGUUUGCGAGAUUUGCGGGUUGAUGACACCUAUCGCAAACCUAUCGAAGCAAUCAUUUGAGUGCCGGCCCUGCAAGAACAAGACGAAGAUUGCACAGAUCCAUAUUCCCUACGCAGCCAAACUCUUGUUCCAGGAGCUUCAGUCUAUGAACAUCGCAGCACCUAUCGCGAAUCCUCCAUCCGACACUUCCUCCGCCCGACCACCCGCGUUCGAUCACCGCACGCUCAUCUACCCUUCCGACAUCUCCUCCUUUCUACAGAACGACCCCCCGUUCGCGACGAUCACAUACAAUGGCGGCUCAGAACUCGGCGGGUAUCCAGACCCUCCUGGACGUCGAUUCAGGCUGAACGGGAAGCUUCCAAGAUUGUUCAGAAAGGUAUACGCCGCUGAGAGACCCUCCAUCAACCGAGACAUCGCCGCUAACGUAUACCAACAACCAGCCCGCGAGUUCCGUACGAAGCGAGUGAAGGAGGCCCGCGACGAGGCCAAGAAGGAGAUUGACGACUAUAAGAACUCCAAGGAGCAGGAGUUCAAGAAGUUCGAGUCCGAGCACACCCAGGGCAACAAGCAGGCCGAGGACGAGGCGAACAAGGAGGCCGAGGGCAAGAUUAAGGAAAUUAAGGAUGCCGGAAAGAAGAGCCAGGACAAGGUCGUCACCGACCUCUUGAAAGCCGUGUUCGAUGUCAAGCCCGUACCCCCAAGCGCCGCAUGA